UUUCCCCCAUUCAGCCACAAGAAGUCUUUCCAGUACCAUGGCUGCCGGCUUGGUUACUGGUUCUCACGCUCGUAAUGAACAUCACGUCAUUCAUGGCAUGGAGGAUGAGCAGCGGCCUCCCACACGCGAAUCUGGAAACAAGACGAAAAUAUGUCGAGUUUGUGGGGAUGAAAUUGGGUUGAAGGAGAAUGGAGAGGUUUUCGUGGCAUGUCACGAGUGUGGUUUCCCGGUGUGUCGGCCUUGUUAUGAGUACGAGAGAAGUGACGGCGACCGGUGCUGUCCUCAGUGCCACACCCGUUAUAAGCGCCACAAAGGUUGCCCUAGAGUCGAAGGAGAUGAUGAAGAUAAUUUUGACGAUGAUUUUGAGGAUGAAUUUCAGCUCAGAAAUCAUCACGACACUAGUCCCGAUCGCCGACAGCAGUAUUGGGAAAAUGGUGAGUAUAAUCACCAACAUCUGCAUACUAAUGGAGCCGCACAUCAUUCCGUCGCUGGAAGUGUUGUGGGAGGUAAGGAAGAAGCCGAAGAAGACGAUCAAAAGGAGACUUACAGCACUUCCGAAUGGAAGGAAAGAGUGGAAAAAUGGAAAACCAGGCAGGAGAAGAGGGGUCUGGUCACAAAGUUGGACGAUGGAGGAAACGACCCCGGCGAUGAAGAUGAUUUUCUUAUCGCUGAAGCUAGGCAACCCCUGUGGCGAAAAGUUCCAGUUCCUUCAAGCCUAAUCAAUCCCUAUCGGAUUGUUAUCGUCCUCAGGCUCAUCAUUCUCUGCUUUUUCUUCCACUUCCGAAUCUUGGCCCCGGCCUACGAUGCCUUCCCUCUCUGGAUCAUCUCCGUGAUAUGCGAGAUAUGGUUCGGGCUGUCCUGGAUUCUUGAUCAGUUCCCCAAAUGGCUCCCCAUCAACCGGGAAACGUACCUGGAUCGCCUCUCCCUGAGGUACGAGAGGGAGGGUGAACCAAACCGUCUGUCCCCGGUCGAUGUCUUCGUCAGUACCGUGGAUCCUCUCAAGGAACCGCCCAUUAUAACUGCCAAUACGGUUCUGUCGAUUCUGGCGGUGGAUUAUCCGGUGGAAAAGGUGAGCUGCUACGUGUCGGACGAUGGUGCGGCGAUGCUGCUGUUCGACACGCUGUCGGAGACUGCAGAAUUUGCACGGAGGUGGGUUCCGUUCUGCAAGAAGUACAGCGUGGAGCCUAGAGCUCCGGAGUUCUAUUUCUCUGAGAAGAUUGAUUACUUGAAGGAUAAGGUGCAACACACCUUCGUCAAGGAUCGUAGGGCCAUGAAGAGAGAAUACGAGGAAUUCAAAGUAAAAAUAAACGCAUUAGUGGCAAAGGCUCGGAAGAAACCAGAAGAAGGAUGGGUUAUGCAAGACGGUACCCCGUGGCCUGGAAACAACACCCGCGAUCACCCCGGCAUGAUUCAGGUAUAUUUGGGGAGUGAAGGAGCACUGGACGUGGAAGGUAAAGAGCUGCCGAGACUGGUGUACGUUUCUCGUGAGAAGCGACCCGGUUACCAACACCACAAGAAAGCCGGUGCCAUGAAUUCUCUGGUGCGGGUGUCUGCAGUGCUGACAAAUGCACCCUUCAUGUUGAACUUGGAUUGUGAUCACUACCUCAACAACAGCAAGGCCCUCAGGGAAGGCAUGUGCUUUUUAAUGGAUCCCCAUGUCGCCAAGAAAAUCUGCUACGUCCAGUUCCCUCAACGCUUCGACGGUAUUGACCGUCACGACCGAUACGCUAAUCGCAACGUCGUCUUCUUUGACAUCAACAUGAAAGGCUUGGACGGAAUCCAAGGGCCUGUGUAUGUGGGAACUGGAUGUGUCUUCAACAGGCAGGCAUUGUACGGGUACGAUCCACCAGCAUCUGCAAAGAGGCCCAAGAUGACCUGCGACUGCUGGCCCAGAUGGUGCUGCUGUUGCUGUGGCGGUUCCAGGAAGGCCAAGUCCAAAAAGAAGGGAUCAUCCGUCAAGGGCCUGCUAGAUGGAAUUGGAACCUUCAGCAAGAAAAAGAAAAUGCAGGGCAAGAGCUACACCAGGAAAUCAUCUGCACCAGUCUUCGAUCUGGAAGAGAUCGAAGAAGGCCUUGAAGGAUAUGAUGAGCUAGAGAAAUCAUCCCUCAUGUCCCAAAAGAACUUCGAGAAACGUUUUGGACAGUCACCAGUUUUCAUUACAUCCACACUUAUGGAAGAAGGUGGCCUCCCUGAAGGGACUAAUCCCGGGUCGCUCAUUAAAGAAGCCAUUCACGUCAUCAGCUGUGGCUAUGAAGAGAAAACCGAGUGGGGCAAAGAGAUUGGAUGGAUAUAUGGUUCGGUUACAGAGGAUAUUCUGACAGGCUUCAAGAUGCAUUGUAGAGGAUGGCGAUCAAUAUACUGCUCACCAAAGAGACCAGCUUUCAAGGGAUCAGCUCCGAUCAAUCUAUCGGAUAGGUUGCACCAAGUCCUGAGAUGGGCUCUUGGUUCUGUUGAAAUCUUCCUCAGCCGGCAUUGCCCGCUUUGGUAUGGCUACGGAGGAAAGUUGAAAUGGCUACAAAGACUUGCUUAUGUUAACACAAUUGUUUAUCCAUUCACUUCCAUUGCUCUGCUGGCCUAUUGCUCGCUUCCUGCUGUGUGUCUUCUCACCGGAAAGUUCAUUGUCCCGUCUCUAAACAACUUUGGUAGCCUAUGGUUCGUUGCUCUUUUCAUGUCAAUCAUAGUCACAGGCGUGCUUGAGCUCAGAUGGAGUGGCGUCAGCAUUGAGGACUGGUGGAGAAAUGAGCAGUUUUGGGUCAUAGGUGGCGUCUCAGCUCAUCUUUUUGCUGUCUUCCAGGGCCUUCUAAAGGUCCUUGCAGGAGUCGACACCAACUUUACUGUAACAGCGAAGGCUGCUGACGACGCCGAGUUUGGGGAGCUCUACAUGUUCAAGUGGACUACCCUUCUCAUCCCACCAACAACUCUGAUAAUCCUGAAUAUGGUUGGUGUUGUUGCUGGAGUUUCAGAUGCAAUUAACAAUGGAUAUACCUCAUGGGGCCCACUUUUUGGCAAGCUGUUCUUCUCCUUCUGGGUCAUUGUUCAUCUUUACCCUUUCCUAAAGGGUCUGAUGGGAAGGCAAAACCGGACUCCCACAAUUGUGGUUCUUUGGUCGGUACUUUUAGCAUCCAUCUUCUCGCUGGUUUGGGUCAGAAUUGAUCCUUUCUUGCCCAAGCAAACUGGCCCCAUACUCAAACAAUGCGGAGUGGAGUGCUAGCAAGCCUAUACUAGUACAUUUCUUUAUGCAGUUGCUCCUCAAUUUCGUCCAAUUUUGCUAGGUCUUUCCUUUGGUUGCAAGUAAAAAUAGUUUUAUGUCGUCAGUGAUAAGAAUCCUACCAGUUUCGGACAAGGAAUUAAAGGCACUGGCAUAUGUAAAUUUGCGAGAUACCAGUGCUGUAAGACAUAUCUGGACUACCUUUUUCCCAUACAAUCCAUGUACCUUUACAUUUUUGUGACUGACUACUUGUUCCAGCCGGGUAUAAACCUGGAACUUUGCUUGAUC